CAACCAAUGUCCAACAAGUAACUUGAACUUGAUCACCAUAGCACCAUAGCGGAAACAGCUGAUUACUCCCUAAAUAACUUCUACUCCUAACUCACACAUUAUCCAGAUAUAUCAUCUUCGCACUAUGACCGACUUCGCCCAACCCCUCAGCAAAGUCAUGGAGACGACCUCUCCCCCACCACCCCCCAUGACCCUCCCUGACAUGCCCACUCCCGCCCAAUCCAUCCCCACCAUCCUCGAAUUCGCACCCCAUGCCCUAGCCACCACCCCACCGAUCUCCUCCAUCGCCGCAUAUUGGAAUAACAGCUGCGCCGGCGGCGACGUGCAAUCCAACAACUGCGCACACUACCUCUCCGACGCAUUUAUCCGCGCCGGCUACACCGAACUGAGUCAACCAAACCAGCACAUCAACGCGCGGUGUCAGACUACUGCUCGUCGGCCGAUCCGUGCCCGCGACAUGUGGAGCUGGUUUCGGUCCAAGUCUCAGGUGAGUAGUCGCAGUGUGCAGAGGAAUACAGGCUGGUGGGCGGUGUUUCAGUUGAACGAGAGCCAGUAUUGGGGUGGGCAUGUGGCGGUAUUGGAUUCGAAUGCUUGGGUUUAUUAUGGAACGGGGUGGUAUCCUGAUUGGGACCAGUAUUGCUAUCAGUGGUAGAUGAGUAGGUCGUUUGUUGGUUGUGGGGAAAGAUGUGCGAAGCAUAUUUGCAGGACUUAAGGGGAAAUGCUGUAUUUGAGACCGUGGGCGUUUAGCAGCAGAUUGAUUGGUGUCUUGGAAUAUGGUCCAG